CUUUCCCCAUUUUAACAACAUUCUCUCUCCUCUUUCUCUCUCUUUUUUUCUCUCUCUCUACUCUUCACUACUUCUUCCACAUAUUUUGGAGAAAUUCUUCAUUUCAAAUUUUCGAUCCAUAAUUAUAAAUUUUAGUUGUUCUUGAAUUUUCUCUUCCACAUAUUUUGGAGUAAUUAAGAUGGAAGAUGAAUAUGCGAAAUUAAUUAGAAGGUUAAAUCCACCAAGAGUUGUUAUUGAUAAUAUUUCUUGUGAAGAUGCUACUGUAAUUCAGGUAGACAGUGUCAACAAGCACGGAACUCUUCUACAGGUUGUCCAAGUUCUUGCUGACAUGAACCUAAUUAUUAAAAAAGCAUACAUUUCUUCUGAUGGUGGAUGGUUUAUGGAUGUGUUUAACGUGACUGACUACCACGGGAAUAAGAUCAGAGAUCAAGAAGUCAUCAACUAUAUAGAAACGACAAUCGAGAGCAAUGCCUCACUUUGGCCUCCUUUAAGAGAUUCAGUUGGAGUAAUGCCCUCAGAAGAACAUACCUCAAUUGAGCUGACCGGGACUGACAGACCAGGGUUGUUAUCAGAAGUAUGUGCAGUUCUUAGUGAUCUCAACUGCAAUGUAGUAAAUGCUGAGAUAUGGACCCACAAUUCUCGAGCUGCAGCUGUCGUACAUGUCACUGAUUAUUCUACAGGGCAUGCAAUCAACGAUCCUAAAAGAAUCCUCACAAUAAAGAAACUUCUAUCUUAUGUUGUCAAAGGAAAUAGUGAUUGUCAUCAGACGGCUCAAAUGAGAGUUUCUCCUACUGGAACUACUCAUAGAGGGAGAAGGCUUCAUCAAAUUAUGUUCGAUGAUAGGGACUAUGAAAGAAUGGAGAGAAUAGGGCACUCGAGAAAUGAGAAUAAUUAUAGAAGGCCACAUGUGACAGUUUCAGAUUGCACUGAGAAGGAUUAUACUGUGAUAGUGAUGAGGUCUAAGGAUCGGCCUAAGUUGCUGUUUGAUAUCGUGUGUACACUAACAGAUAUGCAAUACGUUGUUUUUCAUGGCAUGGUCACCACUGGGAGGAUGGAAGCUUACCAGGAAUUCUACAUCCGACAUGUUGAUGGGCGUCCCAUAAGAUCAGAAGCUGAACGAGAACGUGUUAUGCAAUGCCUUGAAGCUGCCAUAGAAAGGAGAGCAUCAGAUGGAUUAGAGUUAGAAUUAUGCACUGAAGAUCGAGUAGGACUUCUUUCAGAUAUAACCCGAAUUUUCAGAGAGAACGGACUAACCAUCCGAAGAGCUGAAAUAUCUACAAAGAGCGGCAAAGCAGUAGACACUUUCUAUGUCACAGACGUGACAGGAAAUCCUGUGGAUCCAGGGACAGUGGAUUCCAUCCAACAACAAAUCGGACAAACCAUUCUGCAGAUAAAACACAACUCAUAUCAGUCCCCUAAACCUGCCCAAGAAACUACAAUGAGUUUCCUGUUCGGGAAUUUUUUCAAGUACCCGAGUUUACAGAAUUUAAAAGCAAAAUAGCUACUGUAUAGUCUUGUGCAGCAGUUGAAUUAGAAGAAUGUGCAGCAAAUAUUUCAGAUACCAAAACAGAUCAGCAGGAAGGGAAGUUGUACAUAAUAUGCAGGUAGGCAGGGUAAACAGAAAAGUUGUAUUUCAUGAACAUAUACAUUACCCCCAAUGUCAAUCAAAGUUAAAGGGGUUGGACAAUGUAAAUAUGUAAUUAGCUACAAGGUUGUAAAUAUUUUGCAAAAAGUACUUAUUAGAGUAACAGGUCUUCCGCAAUGUAAAUAUUAGGUUACUGAAUGUAUAUAUAUAGUGGCUUCUGUACA